CGCGGGCCCGACGGCCGCCGCCAGGGCCGGGGUGGUUCGUGCCGCAGCCGAGGGGUUUAAAGGGUGGAAGGGGCGUGGAAAGCUGUGAGGGCAACGAGGAUGGUUGGGAGAGUGGAGCAUCUGUGGGCUUCGGCUGAGAGGGGACCUCGUUCAUGAGUGUAAAUAUCUGAGCGCCGAGAGGAUGGAGCAGGCUGUGCAGGCUGGUGCGGAGCAACAGGGCAAGAGGCAAUGGGCAGAAACUGAUGCACAAAAAUUCCUCCUGGAUAUAAGGAAGAACUUCUGUACCGUGCAGUGGCCGCACAUGGAACAGGUUGCGCAAAGGGGUUGUGGAGUCUCCCUCAGUGGAGAUGUUCCAGAACCUUCUGGACACGAUCCCGUGUGUUCUGGACCCUUCUGGAGCAGGGAGGGUCAUGCACUGCAUGACCCACUGUGGUUCCACUGAACCUCACCCAGUGUGGGAUUUGGUGGGCCCUGCAGAGCUGAACGGGUGAGGGCAGAGCUUAGCCUUUGGUGUUUCCCUUCAUAGGGCGACUGAGAGAAAGUUCAGCUGGUCAGUGUGCCGGCUGUGCAGUGCAGAAAGUUCUGGAAGAGUCGGCAGAGACCCCCCCAGUGCUGCUCUGCAGGGAAUGCUGCAGCAAUUACACUUGUUUUUCCCUAAUUAUUUGUGCUGGUGGAUAGAGAAGUGGAAAGGCGAUGUGUUGAAGGAAAAACAGGUGCAGUUUGGGUGUGCUUUCAUUACCUAAAAAGCUUUUUAGAUGUAGUGGGUCUGAACGGAGGCUUUUGAAACUAACAUGUGAGUAUCUAGUGUCACCUCAGUGCUGCAGGCUUGUAGCCUGUAAUGAGAACUCGUUGGGAAAUGCUUGACUCAUUGGACAUCUGAUCCUGAAAACUGCAUCUUAAAAUCAUUGCCUGGCUUUUAGGAUAGGAUCACAUUUUGGGGAGUUGUGCAGCUUUACCAUAAAGCAAAUUCUGAGAUGUAAUUUCAGCUUUCUCGAAGUUUUGUCAUGGCAGGAGCCAGUGUAAAUUAUGUACUUAAACCCCCAAAGACCACAGUCGUGGUCAGCAGUUACUGGAGAGUCUUUUGUUCAGAACCCUUUAGGUGUGAGGUAAAAGGAAGGUGCAUUUAUUUCCUCUGCGAGUCGAUGGUCAGUUUCAAACUGCAUUUGUUAAUGGCAAACAUUCAGACCAACUUUUGUGUUUGAGUCAAAAGUGCCAUGUUUUAUAUUUGUAGUGUGCGAGUAGCUGAAAUUGAUUUUGUUUUGCCAGAAAAAAGUCAGGAGGCUGAUGCAGGAGAAGCACCAACUGCUCAUGCUGUUGAGAUGUCCUGUAUCCCACUGUUGAUGGAACCAGCGUGCUCCAGCUCUGAGGCACAGGGAGCUGCAAAAAUGAGGAAUGAGAAUGCUGCCUCCAGGCUUUUGGUUCCUCUUUCUGAUGAUAAUGAACAGUCAAAAUCUAUUCAGAGAAAGAGAGUGCUUCCAUCUUGGAUGCUGGAGAGAGAUCUCCUGGUGCAGAGGGUUUCCAGGCCUGUCAUGACAGGAGGUAGUAGAAAGAAAAAAGGCCAAGGAGGGGGAGAAGGUCACAGUGAGUCAUUACAAUCAGAUGUACAGCAGAAAAAAAGAUCAGCUUCUGAAGGAACUAUAGAGGAUUUUGAAGGUGGAGAGCAAGAUCAAGGGAAAAGGAGCUGCCUUUCCAUCCCUGGUCCUGCAUCUCAGAAUACAUCUGGAUUUCCUCUUGAGACUACCAUGAGAGAUAUGGAAGGAAGUGACAAGACUGGAACAAAAAACCCUGGAAGUUCUCUGGAGAAAAAUGAUAGGCAGCUGCAUAGCAAAUGGUCCAAAAGAGUAGGUCAGGUCUCCAGUAAAGACAAUAGAAUUGAGGAAACAGAAAACAAAGAGCAGAUUACUGGUUCUGCAAGCCAACAAGCACACGGGGGCAGGACUUCCCAAUGCUUUGGUGCCCAGGAAGGGACUCUUGAGCCUGAUGCACAUCUGGACUUCAACACUGAGAUUUCUGAUUCAGCCAGAAGUGCAGAUGCUUCAGAAAGCUCCAGACAGAUGCAGCGUAAGAGGACACCUUGCAUGUAUGGAAGUGGCUGUUACAGGAAGAAUCCCGUUCACUUCCAGCAGUUCAGCCAUCCUGGUGAUGAUGACUAUGGUGACGUGGAGGUGGUGGCUCAGGGUGACAAUGACAGCCGGCCUGAGUGUCCCUACGGCACGGCUUGUUACAGGAAGAACCCCCAGCACAAGUUGGAAUACAAGCACAGUGCACCUCCAGUAACUGGGAGUGGAACACAGCGACAAACUUCAAGAAAUGGAAAAAGGGCUGUGAAGAAAGACGGUGUCAAUGAUGGGGCAGAUAAUGAAUAUGACCUCAGUGACAGCUUUAUAGAUGAUGAAGAGGAGGAGGAGUGUGAACCUACUGAUGAAGACUCGGACUGGGAACCAAGUUCAGAAGAAAAGGAUAACGAAGAUGUUGAGACGCUUGUGCAAGAAGCACGUAGAUUUGUUAGGGUCAAAAAAUAGCUGCGCAGAACAGCUUUAUGAAUGUCCAGUGUGGUUGUGGUAAAACAUGGUUGCACAAAGGAGAGGAAUUGUUGGAACUUUUUUUUCUCCGUGAUAUAGGCACUACAGGAAGAUAACAAUGGGGGUGAGGGGAUUCUGCAAUGCCUUUCUUGUCCAUAUGUAUUAUUUUGGGGCUGGUGUGGUUUGUUUUAUUCAGUCAUGGACCCAGAGGAGAGAGCUCUGAACAUUUUUUGGUUUUUUUUCUUUUUUUCUCUUUUUUUUUUCUUUUUUUUUUUGUAAUGCCAUUGGGAUUUCAUAUUUUGAAAUACAUUUUAAAGGUUGUUAAAACUUCAUCUUCCUGUGCUUGAAAGAAGUAUUGGCAGUAGGAAAGCCUAAGCCAUUUCUGUUGUUGAGUUAGUGCAGUUUUAAAUUUCAUUAUUCUGCUCUCAUCUUUCCCAGGCGUUGUUUUGUUGGUUCUCUUCAGGUACAGUAGUUAAAUACAGGUUGUCUAAAUCACUUGGGAACAGGAUCUCAGUGUAUUGAACCACUUGCUUGGCUCAACAACAAUUAUAGUGUUAUUUGCUCUAAUUACAACAGUACCUCUUUCUGUGUACAUCACUGGAAUUGUGUCCAAUUCUCAGCAAAGUCUUGAUGACUGUAUUUUUGCACAAUUAAACUUGUAACAUACAGUGGGAAAAGCAUGCAGCCGUGUCUGUGAUUUCUAAAGAUGUUGGAAGAUCUUCCCUCCAGUGUGUUCACUCCCUUGAGCUUCCUGGAAAGCAAGUUAAAAGGUUUUACUAUAUUUUGGGACAGAUGUCUGGAGCCCUGUGAAUUUGGCACCUUUUUUGGUUAAAGUCAUGAAGUUCUGUUCUUUUUCUCCAAGUCCAGGGAUUUAGUAAGGUCUUGGGUGAACAACAGUCUGUGUCAAUUAGUGGAAUUCCUCUGGAAUUUAUGGUUCCUUCCAUUGCUUCUUUCACCUGUCAGUGUCUGGCUUUGUCUACAAGCAGGCCCACAGAUCUAUAAAGACACAUCCCUCUUGUUCCUUUUGUUAUGGUGCUACGUGUGUUGUGUGCUGUCAUUCCUGUUUGUUGUCGUUUACACGUUGUAAAUGAACUGCAGAGCACGUGCUGCAUUGUAUCGUGGUUUCUUGUGUUGCUGUUGUAGCAUAUGGCACAGUAUUGCAUUGUAUUUUGCAUUGUGUGCAUUGUAGGGCUUUGCCUUUAUUGUCUUGUGUUCAUCAUACCCUGGAGGAGCCAGUUCUUUGCCACACCACAGGAUCCCUUUAAUGUUCUGCUCUACAGAAGGUCCUCCCCGUGCCACCCUCAGGAGCCCACAGUUCUUCACAGUGCCACCACUCAGGAGCCAUUUAGCCUGCAGCCCCACAGAAACCCUUCUCCUUGACCCUCAGGAUGCAUUUGCCAUGAGGCCCAGCUCUUUUUGGAGUCUUACAUUGAAUUAUCUUGGAUUCCUUCACCACUCUGCCAUCUAACUCUUACUGGAGUUGCUAAUCACAACCUCACAGAGGAGUGCUUGACUGCAUGUUGCUUACUGAGUUAUUUUUGGGGGAGUGUCACCACAUGGCCCUGGAGGGGUUCUUCACACCUUUUUGGUGA